AUCCCUUUCCCCUUGUGUCCGCCAUAUUGGACUCUAACUCUGGUCAGCCGCGGCGCCGGGACUGUGGACUCGCGGUUCCUCCCGCCUAGCGGCCUGCCCCGCAUCUCCCGCCCGCCCCAGCCCUCCCCGACCCGGACGCGACCCCGCGCAGCGCCCCCCGGCUGGCCGGAGCGCCCGCCGCCGCCGCCUCAGCCUCCCCGCCUUCCCCGCCCUCCGCCGCCGCCGCCCGCGGCCCCCGCGCCCGCUCUGCGCCCCUCUCCCCGCCCGCCAUGAGCCCAGCCGACGCCAAGCGCGGGGCCAAGCGCCGGAAGAACAAGCGGGGCGGCGGCGGCGGCUCCAGCGGGGGUAACGGCGGCGCGAGCAGCGGCAAGGCCGGCCCGGCGGCGGCGCUGCGCGGCUCCCAGGCCGCGGGCCUGGCGGCCCCGGGCAGCGCAGCAGGCCUGGUGGGCGGCGCGGCGGCGGCCAACGGGCCUCUCGGCGCGGGCGCGAGCGCGGGCGGCGCCGCCCCCGGAGGCUACUUCGAGACUCCUUUUAGUUUUGGCAUGAAUCAUAGGACACCACCCUACCCCGCUGGGGAUUAUUGUCUUCUGUGCAGAAGUGAACGGAAAGACUCCUCAUUCUUAGAGAGUGGAAUUAAGACUGCGAGCAAAUUGGCCCUUUCCAUGGCUCCCAAGGGCAACAGCGUGCUGCACCUGCCGCUAUGGGUGUGCCCGGACUGCCGCAGGACUGUGGAGAAGGAGGAGAGGCAUGGCGGCCUUGACCAGCCAGUGAGCCAAGAUUUUCUUCUUCACUCCUCGCUUGGUGGCUCCCAGCCGGAGGCCAGCAGUGGUGGGAGGCUCGCUCUGGGCGCACAGACGCUGCCUUCAGACACCGCAUGCUCGUGCGAGGCCUGCAGUGAGCGCAGAGAAAUUUCGGCAGAGGCGGACCGGGAACCUCAGCAGCUGCAGAACUACUGGUCAGAAGUGCGUUACACGGUGCGCUGCAUCUACCGCCAGGCAGGAACCCCGCUGGCAGAUGACCAGGACCAGUCUCUGGUGCCUGACAAGGAGGGAGUGAAGGAGCUCGUGGAUAGGCUCUGCGAGAGGGACCCCUACCAGCUGUACCAGCGUCUGGAACAGCAAGCUCGAGAGUACGUGCUGGAGAUGAAGGUCCGCCUGCUCCGGCAGCUGUCGGCUGCGGCCAAGGUGAAGGCACCAUCUGGCCUGCAGGGCCCCCCGCAAGCGCACCAGUUCAUCUCCCUCCUGCUUGAGGAGUACGGCGCCCUCUGCCAGGCCGCACGCUCCAUCAGCACCUUCCUUGGCACUCUGGAAAAUGAACAUUUGAAAAAGUUCCAAGUGACAUGGGAACUGCAUAAUAAACACCUGUUUGAAAAUCUGGUCUUUUCGGAACCACUUCUUCAGAGCAACUUGCCUGCACUGGUGUCACAGAUCAGGCUAGGAACCACCACACACGACACCUGCAGUGAGGACACAUACAGUACCUUGCUGCAGAGGUACCAGCGCUCCGAGGAGGAGCUGCGCAGAGUCGCCGAGGAGUGGCUGGAGUGCCAGAAGAGGAUCGACGCCUAUGUUGACGAGCAGAUGACAAUGAAAACCAAGCAGCGCAUGUUAACAGAAGACUGGGAGCUUUUUAAACAAAGAAGAUUCAUUGAAGAACAGUUAACCAAUAAGAAAGCAGUUACUGGCGAGAACAACUUCACAGACACCAUGAGGCACAUGUUGUCGUCCCGGCUGAGCAUGCCCGACUGCCCCAACUGCAACUACAGGAGAAGAUGUGCUUGCGAUGACUGCAGUCUCUCACACAUCCUCACUUGUGGUAUCAUGGACACCCCCGUCACUGAUGACAUCCACAUUCACCAGCUCCCACUUCAAGUGGAUCCUGCUCCCGACUAUCUUGCUGAGAGGAGCCCGCCCAGUGUGUCAUCUGCAAGCUCGGGGUCCGGCUCCAGCUCUCCCAUCACAAUUCAGCAGCACCCCAGGCUCAUCCUCACAGACAGUGGCUCGGCACCGACUUUUUGUAGUGAUGAUGAAGAUGUUGCACCAUUGUCAGCCAAAUUUGCUGAUAUUUAUCCAUUGAGUAAUUAUGAUGAUACCGAGGUGGUGGCCAACAUGAAUGGAAUCCACAGCGAAUUGAAUGGUGGCGGGGAAAACAUGGCCCUGAAGGAUGAGUCUCCUCAGAUAAGCAGUACCAGCAGUAGUUCUUCAGAAGCUGAUGAUGAAGAAGCAGAGGGCGAGAGUAGUGGGGAGCCCCCAGGGGCCCUGAAGGAAGAUGGAGUGCUGGGAAGCAGGAGCCCCAGGACAGAGGAGAGCAAAGCAGAGAGUCCACCCCCAUCCUACCCAACACAGCAGGCUGAACAAGCUCCAAACACUUGUGAAUGUCAUGUUUGUAAGCAAGAAGCUUCUGGACUGACACCAUCUGCAAUGACAGCCGGAGCCCUUCCUCCUGGCCAUCAGUUCCUGAGCCCAGAGAAGCCCACACACCCUGCACUGCACCUUUACCCUCACAUCCAUGGACAUGUGCCUUUGCACACUGUUCCACACCUGCCACGCCCUCUCAUCCACCCCACCUUGUAUGCAGCGCCCCCCUUCACACACAGUAAGGCUUUACCGCCAGCACCUGUUCAGAAUCACACAAAUAAGCAUCAGGUAUUCAAUGCAUCUCUUCAAGACCAUAUUUAUCCGAGCUGUUUUGGGAAUACUCCAGAGUGGAAUAGUUCUAAAUUUAUAAGUCUUUGGGGAUCAGAAGUGAUGAAUGAUAAGAACUGGAAUCCUGGCACUUUCUUGCCAGAUACAAUUUCUGGGAGUGAAAUAUUAGGGCCAACACUCUCAGAAACAAGACCGGAAGCCCUUCCACCUCCAUCUAGCAAUGAAACACCUGCAGUCUCGGAUAGUAAAGAGAAAAAGAAUGCUGCAAAAAAGAAAUGUUUAUACAAUUUCCAAGAUGCUUUUAUGGAAGCAAAUAAAGUUGUCAUGGCCACCUCAUCAGCCACGUCCUCUGUGUCCUGCACAGCUACCACAGUGCAGUCCAGCAACAGCCAGUUCAGAGUGUCAUCCAAGAGACCUCCUUCAGUAGGUGACGUGUUUCAUGGCAUCAGCAAGGAGGACCACAGACACUCGGCCCCAGCUGCCCCGAGGAACAGCCCCACGGGCUUGGCCCCCCUCCCAGCGCUCUCGCCUGCCACGCUGUCACCUGCUGCACUCUCACCUGCCUCCACACCUCACCUUGCAAAUCUUGCAGCACCAUCAUUCCCCAAAACAGCAACCACAACUCCCGGGUUUGUGGACACACGCAAGAGUUUCUGUCCUGCACCCCUGCCCCCGGCCACAGACGGCUCCAUUAGCGCCCCUCCAAGUGUCUGCAGUGACCCUGACUGCGAAGGGCACCGCUGCGAGAAUGGUGUCUACGACCCACAGCAGGAUGAUGGGGAUGAGAGUGCAGAUGAGGACAGCUGCUCUGAGCACAGCUCCAGCACCUCGACCUCCACCAACCAGAAGGAGGGCAAGUACUGCGACUGCUGCUACUGCGAAUUCUUUGGGCACGGCGGGCCUCCAGCUGCACCAACAAGUAGAAAUUAUGCAGAAAUGAGGGAAAAGCUUCGCUUACGGCUGACCAAGAGGAAAGAAGAGCAACCUAAAAAAAUGGACCAGAUCUCAGAAAGGGAAAGCGUCGUUGACCAUCGGAGGGUGGAGGAUUUGUUGCAGUUUAUAAAUAGCUCCGAAACCAAACCAGUGAGCAGCACGCGUGCAGCGAAGCGAGCAAGGCAUAAGCAAAGGAAGCUGGAGGAGAAAGCUCGCCUAGAAGCAGAGGCCAGGGCCCGGGAGCACCUGCACCUCCAGGAGGAGCAGAGGCGGCGGGAGGAGGAGGAGGAGGAGGAAGAAGAGGAGGAUCGUUUCAAGGAGGAAUUUCAGCGGCUUCAGGAGCUUCAGAAGCUAAGAGCUGUAAAAAAGAAGAAGAAGGAGAGGCCAAGUAAAGACUGCCCCAAGUUGGACAUGCUCACUAGAAAUUUCCAGGCAGCAACAGAGUCUGUCCCUAACUCUGAAAACAUCCACAAUGGCUCACUAGAGCAAACUGAAGAACCAGAAACCUCUUCUCACUCCCCGUCCAGGCAUAUGAACCACUCAGAGCCCAGGCCAGGGCUAGGGGCUGAUGGGGAUGCUACAGACCCCGUCCACACCAGAGACUCCAGAUUUCUCCUCCCCAAGGAGGUGAAUGGGAAGCAGCAUGAGCCACUCUCUUUUUUCUUCGACAUCAUGCAGCACCAUAAAGAGGGAAAUGGCAAGCAGAAGCUGAGGCAGACGAGCAAGGCCAGCAGCGAGCCAGCGAGGAGGCCCACAGAGCCCCCCAAGGCCACAGAGGGGCAGCCCAAGCCCCGGGCCCAGACUGAGUCAAAGGCUAAGGUGGUCGACCUCACGUCCGUCACAGAGCAGAAAAGAGAGGAGAGAAAAGUCAACAGUAAUAACAAUAACAAAAAGCAGCUGAACCACAUCAAGGAUGAAAAGUCAAACCCAACCCCUAUGGAGCCCACCUCUCCCGGCGAGCAUCAGCAGAACAACAAGCUGGUGCUGGCAGAGUCCCCUCAGCCAAAGGGCAAGAACAAGAAAAAUAAGAAGAAGAAAGGAGACAGAGUCAACAAUUCAAUUGAUGAUGUCUUUCUACCUAAAGAUAUUGACCUAGACAGUGUGGAUAUGGAUGAGACAGAGAGGGAAGUGGAAUAUUUCAAAAGGUUCUGCUUGGAUUCUGCUAGACAGACCCGACAAAGACUGUCUAUCAACUGGUCCAAUUUUAGCUUGAAAAAAGCCACCUUUGCUGCCCACUGAAUGAGGACUGCCUGGAGAGGGACACGCGAGAGGCAGGCCAGGCUGCACCACCCCAAGAGCCACGCCCCUCGCUGGCGCCCCAGAGCCGUGGUGCUUGCCAAGGGCUGUGCGGAGCUGGUGCUGCCUGAAACCCCAGACCGAGAAGUUGAUGCUCGGCCCACGCUGUUAGCUCGUGUGCGUGUAGUCUGUGCGUGAGACUCCUUCGAUUGUAGCUCUGUGCUGUCGGAUUGGAACAGUAGUUCCCGCCAAGUCCUCCCACCACCGCGGCCUCGGAGGCCUGGGCCGUGGCCAGAUAGGAGUUUGCAUCACCCACGUGGCUCCGUUGCCUCUGCAUUGCGCCCUGUCCUGUCAUCUGUCCUCACCGGGGUAUCGGCCGUCACUCAGCUCUCCUGUGCCCCUGCGUCCCACCCUAGGCGGGCUGGGCGGGGCAGGCCUCCUUUGUUCUCCACAAUCUACUGUCUCCGAGUGUACACGUUGCGCUGUUUGUGUUUGAUCCCCCCUGACUUGUAGCCAGCUUGUGUAAGAUCCCUUGCAGAACGAGAAAGUUAAAAACAAGCCCACCCAGUACUCACACCAUCAAGUCUGUUAUAGAGUGUACGACUGUAUUAACACGGAGGCCUGCCUGGCUACUUUUUUAACAUAUUGUUAAGUAAUAUUAAAAUCAUGUCUUUCUUUUUGAAAGAUGGAAUACAUUAGUACAGCAGGA